CUGGGCGGGGGAGCCCGGGGAGCCUAGGUGAGAGCUUCUGGACGCUUGGGCCGUAGGGGACUGUCCCGGUCAGGCCUGGGAACCUGGUGGGAGUAUCCGUCGGAGCGGGAUCCGUGUGAGGGGAAUUACCCCGCUCGCUGCCUGCUCCCCGGCCAGUGGUUAGGAGCUGGGCUUUCAGUGGGGGAGAGACUCCCCGCUCUUCAUUUCCAUGUGUGUGCCCUAUGGCGGACAGACAUGUCUCAGGAGGGGGCUGCAGAGGGUUCCAGCGCAGACCCUGCUCUCAGGCUCCGUGGCAGCUGUGGGCUUUUCCAGGAGGAUGUGGAAGAAGGCCGCUCCACGUCUGGCUUGACACCACAGGUGCCAGGGAGCUCUGCACUGUGCCUGGGAGCGUCUGGAGAGGCCCCCACAGAGCGGCAAGAAACUGAGCAGCUCCUCGGGGCUGGCAGCAGGGAUGGCCUCACUCUCUCACACAGUCAGGAGGGGCUAGAGGUCAAGGCUCAGCCAGAAUCCAGGGGGAGGCUGGGACAAGGACCCCUGGCUCCCACUGACAGCCCCUCCAGCUUCCCGGAGCCUGCAAGCAGCAGGGCUCGCUCAGGCCCAUCCGUGGGCCAGAGAAGAUCCAAGUAUGCUAAGAGGUCGAGGAAAAGCCCUGUGCCCCGAGCCCAGCACCAAGGCGCAGACAGGAGUGCACACGACUCCAGCCAGGAUGAGCCAGAGGAAUCCCGCCCAGGAAGCUUCCCCAAAUGGGAGGAAAUGAAAAUGCCCCAUGGGGUGAAGCACGUGUGUUAUCUUGGUUCCGGGGCAGUGCUCCACCUCCUGGGGGCCAUCCGUGGCGGCCGGGCAGGGGAGCCGCAGCCUCCGAAGUUGGAGGUUCUAGAGGACAUGAUGGAGGUCAGCUUAGCAUCGCCUGUCCAGAGGCCCAGAAGGAAGGAAAGGCCCAUGGCCCAAGGACCCGCGGGGUGCCAGGAGGGGGCCCCUGUUCGUGAGGCCUGUGCUGCGUGUCCCGGGGGCGGCCCAUUGGAGGCUGAAGAGGAGGAGUCUGCUCAGCUUCAGCACCAGCAGGAGAAGCUAUCCCUGGAUAUCGGGGUACGGGGUACUGUGGUCCAUGCCAUGCAGGAGGUGCUGUGGAGUCGCCUCCAGGAGCUUCCAGACCUGGUGCUGAGUGAGGAGGCGGUGGAGGGCAUCGCUGCUGGCAUUGAGACAGCCCUCUUUGACCUGACACAAGCCACCAGCUGUCGCUACAAGACCAAAUACCGCAGCCUGCUGUUCAACCUGCGUGACCCCCGGAAUCCGGACCUGUUUCUCAAAGUGGUUCAGGGAGACGUCACCCCCCACGACCUAGUGCGGAUGAGCACUGCCCAGCUGGCCCCCCAAGAGCUGGCCCGCUGGCGGGACCAGGAGGAAAAAAGGGGCCUGGAGAUCAUUGAGCAGCAACAGAAGGAACCGUGUAGCCUCCCGGCCUUCAAACUGACCCACAAGGGUGAGGUCGAGAUCCUGCGGGACGUGGACCAGACGCUGACCCUGGAGGAUCUGGUGGGUUCCAUGGUAUCUAUAGACUGCAGCCCACUGGCCUUGCCUGCCACGUUGAAGGCCACUACCGAGCAGGACGAGGACACCACAGGGCAGCAUGAGCACCACUUCCUGGACCCCAGCUGCCGCAUCUGCACGGACUGGAAGCCCUCGUGUGAGCUGCCAGGCUCCUUCAAAGCUACUAGGAGGAUAGAGGACGGUGUCUUCCAGAGAGUUCCAAGCCCAACCCUCGCGUCCUCUCCAGAGAUGCCCCAAACUGGGGAGAAGCCUCCCCCACAGCUCCAGGACAGGCUCCACAUGCCUGCUGGGCCCACAAAGGCCCUGUCCCGCCAGCCGCCCUGGGAGGGAGCUCUGGACAUGUUCUCCAUCAAGCGGUUCAGGGCCAAGGCCCAGCUGGUGUCUGGAAACAGCUGUCGGCUCCUCAUGGCCCUGCCUGAGGUGAUCCGUUCAGCCGGCUGCAUCCCCUCCAGUACUGUCUGGGAACUUUUGGCCAGCACCUGCCCGGCCGAGGCCAAGGACAUUUGCGUGGUCAGACUGUGCCCACACGGGGCUCGGGACACCCAGAACUGCCGCCUGCUCUAUUCCUACCUCAACAAUAAGCAACGCCAUGGCCUGGCGGCCGUGGAGCACGUGCGUGUGGUGCUGCUGCCCCUGCCUGCCUUCCAGCCCCUGCCCCCCAGGCUGCGCCCUCUUGGAGGCCCCGGUCUGGAAGCUGCUCACUCAAGCCUGGUUCUAGCUGUGCUGCUUCCCAAGGCAGGGCUUCCAGACACAACGGAGUGUGGCCCUUUGUGGGGGAAGGUUCGAAAGAUGGUCUCCUUCAACAGAAAAGUGGAGAGGCGGUGCUAUCAGCCAGAAGACAGGAGUCCCAGCGUGGCCCCGAAGGGCACCCCUCCCCCAGGGGGCACUCUGCAGCAGAGCCAGGGCGAUAGCAGCCUGGCUCCAAGGGGAAGCUGUGCUUGGCAGAGGCCCCCCAGAGGCAGGGGGAGACUGUGGGGAGAGCCGGAGACCUGGCAGAGUCCUGGGCGAGGGCAGUGGCCCCCCAAACCAGGCCGGUGCCAAUCUUGCCAUCCCUAUUCAGCAGCACCAUCCGGCCCCGGCCAGCACCUCCACAGGGCCUCCUGCCCCUACCAGGCCCUGCUCCAGCAUCUGGAAUCCCUGGUGUCCAUGAGCCACCAGCUCCAAGCCUCGUUGAGAUUACCAGGCCAGGGGCUCUUUCCCCCAACCCCUGCCCAACCCCCUGCAGCCCCUGGAAUUUUUGACCUGCUUUGCCAGCCCCCUGCAGCUUCAGAGCCCCCUGGCCAGGUUCCUGAUUCUUUGGGUCCUACCGAUGGAGCUGGCUCUGAGUGCACCUUCCCCAGAGAGAACUGACCCUCAUUACGCACCAGAAGAGAGGCAUUGAUUCCCUUCCCAGGACUGAAUCCUGAGCUGUUCCAAAGAGAGGGGCGGGGUGGGGACGGUCAGCUGUUUGAGUUUCUUUUUCUGCGGUCUGCUUGGUGUUGAUUUUUGGUUCAAUAAAGAGUUUGG